UCAACACGGUUACGCGUAGCGUCACCGUUCGUAUAUACGUGUGGCGUGACGUCACACUACGCGGCUGCAGUCAAGGAGGUAGAAGUUGGUGGCGCUGCCCGCGGUGGGACUUUUUAAAAAAACACAGUUAAGGAAAACGGAGCAGUUGGGCGUGUUAUGUCUCCUAGAUCUAUGACCUGUAGGGUUGCACCAUGUCCAUGUCAAGCAGACAUCCGCAUUCUUCAAUUGUAAACCCACCUCCUCCGGAGUUCAUAAACCGCAAAAAGACAGGACGCUUAACUAACCAGCUGCAGUACCUGGAAAAGUUGGUCUUGAAGUCUUUAUGGAGGCAUCAAUUUUCUUGGCCAUUUCAGCAACCUGUAGAUGCAGUGAAGCUAAAUCUUCCCGAUUAUUAUCAGAUUAUUAAGAAUCCCAUGGAUUUGAGUACCAUAAGAAAGAGACUGGAAUACAAUUAUUAUUCAAAGGCUCUAGAUUGCAUUCAAGAUUUCAAUACCAUGUUCACAAACUGUUACAUCUAUAAUAAGCCAGGUGAUGAUAUUGUGCUAAUGGCACAAGAACUGGAAAAAGCGUUUAUGGAAAAGAUUGCGGAAAUGCCACAUGAAGAAAUAGAGUUAUCCGUCGUUGGAAAUAGAGGAGUUAAAAGCAGAAUAAAAAUUUCAGCAGUAGCAGCAGAAGAGUCGAGAGAGGAUUCCGAUUACAUUCCGGUUUCUAAGAAAAAGAUGGUAUCACAGAAAAUGCAUAGGAGUCCAUUUCCUUGUCCUGUAAUUGCAAUGAUGCCCAAAAGAACAACCCUUGUUCCCUUGUCUAUCAUUCAGUCAAAGACUUCUAAUUCUGCAUCUUCAAUAAGCAAAGUCAAUAAAGGCAUUAAAAGGAAAGCUGAUACAACAACUCCUGCCGUAUCAUUCACUGCAACCAGCUGUGAAUCGUCUCCAACUUUAUCUGUACCAAAACCAAAUAAAAUACUGUCUGGAACAGCGAAAACUAGGUCAGCUGAAACUUCAUCUGUGGAUCUGCCUGAUUCUCAGCAUCACAUCCACCUUAUCAAAAACAAUCAAAUAUGUGAACGGCUAAAGCAUUGCAAUAAUAUACUUAAUGAGAUGAUGUCAAAGAAACAUGCAGAGUAUGCAUGGCCUUUCUAUAAAGAUGUGAUCCCUACAUCCUUGCUUGAUUAUAGUGAUGCUAUGAAACACCCCAUGGACCUUGGAACGAUCAGAGACAAAAUGGAAAAUGGACUCUAUAAAGACACUCAGGACUUUGCUUCUGAUGUCCGAUUAAUGUUCAUGAACUGUUAUAAGUACAACCCUCCUGAUAACGAAGUAGUAAAUAUGGCUCGAAAGCUGCAGGAUGUUUUUGAGGGGAUGUUUGCCAAAAUACCAGAUGAACCACUUGCUUCUCAAAGUGUAGUAGAGAGAUACAAGUCUUCUACUGAUGAAAGUAGUAGUUCUAGCUCUUCUGAACAAAGUCCGUCUGAUUCUGAAGAUGAACGGGCACGACACCUCGCUUUGCUACAGGACCAACUCAGGGCAGUUCAAGAACAGCUUAAAGCUUUAACAGAAACACCCGUACCCAAAGCAAAAAAGAAGUCUAAAAAAGGGAAAAAGAAAAAGAAGAAAAGGGAAAGGAAGAAAAUAUUGAAAAGAAAAUCUUGCCAAGGUCAGAAAAAGAAAAAAGUAAAACAGAAAGAGUUGAAGAAGAGGUCUAUUUUCAGUGAUGCAAAGAAGAAGAAAUUGCAUGUUUCUGAUGAAGAAGAUGAUGUCAAACCUAUGAGUUAUGAUGAGAAAAGACAGUUAAGUUUGGAUAUCAAUAAAUUGCCAGGAGAAAAGCUUGGCCGCAUUGUUCAUAUAAUACAGUCCAGAGAGCCUUCGUUGAAGGACUCUAAUCCUAAUGAGAUUGAAAUUGAUUUCGAGACCUUGAAACAAUCAACACUGAGGCAUCUAGAAAAAUAUGUAAUGGUGUGCUUGAGAAAGAGAACUAAAAAGCCAAACAGUAUAAAAUCCUUAAAAUCAAAGGAUCAGCUGAAUAAAGAAAAAAAACAAGAAUUAGAAAAGCGGCUUCGGGAUGUCAGCGGCCAGCUAACCUCUGCUAAGAAACCAAAAAUCCAAGGGGAACUAACUACUGUUCCGCAUCCAAUUGGAGGACCUAGCCGACUGAGUGCGAGUAGCACUAGUUCUUCUGCCUCUGAUGCGAGCAACAGCAGUGAUUCCAGUUCUUCAGAUAGCAGCGACUCUGAAUCAGGCAUGCAUCACCAGCAAUAUAAUUCUAGAAUGAAUGUGCCUCCUGAAAAGCAAGAAAAGUUUCUUCAAACACAAGUAUCAAGCAAUAUCACAGAACCCAGUUUUGCAACUACAGUGCAACUGGACCUGCAAAAAGACCCUUUGUUGAAAAAUCCCAAAGAUUUUCAAGAGCCAGCACCACCAUUGUCUUUAGAUAUAAUGAAGCUUUUGUCUCCACUUCACUCUCCAUCAUUCAGUCAAGAUUCAUCUAAAAGAUUUUCUAUCCAAGGCUGUUUGCAUCAACCCAACAAAAGUUCUUCAGAGGCUUCCCUUUCCUCACAAACAGAGCAGACAUUUGCUAUAAAAGAAACUUCAACUGCAAAGUUAGAAAGUGAAGUAUCAAGCCAUUCAUAUUCUCCUUUUCUGGAAGACGGUACAAAAGUACACAAUAUUCCAUUAGGCCACAGAGACGGCACAGAAAAAGCUACAAAAGAGCUGAGCGACAUAGAUGAAGUACAAAAGAAUGUAAAGGUGAAAACUUCCUUCUGCUGGGAGGUAUUUUCAAAGUCUCUUGCUACCACCCCUGUAACCAUAAAGUCAUCAAGCAACAGCUUCCAGCAGUUCAGAAAAGCAGCAAUAGCAAAAGAAGAAAGAGAAAGAGCCUUAAAGGCGCAAGAGUUGAGACGCCUUGAAGAAUCCAAAGCGGGUAUGCAGGAGAAACUGAGAGGAACAAAUGGCAAUACCACAACCACAUCAUUACCUAUGGGAACUAAAGUUCAUGAAACACAAGCACAGACACUACAUGAGGCAAGCAAGGAAGAGCAAACCCAUAAUUCCCAAGAGGGAAGUACGGAAGAAGAACGAAACUUGGCAAGAAUGAGAGAGCAGGAACGUCGCAGGCGAGAGGCUAUGGCUGGGACUAUUGAUAUGUAUCUUCAGAGUGAUAUUAUGGCAACAUUCGAAGAACAUUUGUGUUGAGUUAUAGACUUGACCAUGAUCUAUCCAUGUCAUAAAACUCUUUUGUUUCUAUAAAUACAGUAUCACCUUUAAUAUAUAUUGACUAUGAAAUAUUUUGUAAAUAGGUGACAACAGAUGUAAUAAUUUAUGAAAAAUUUGAUUCAAUAGAAGUGUUUCAGCAUCAAUGCAAAUACAACUUUCAGCUGCUGGGGCUGAUUGAAUUGAAUCAUUUAACUGUCUCUAUCUGUAUUUCAACAUAGUAACAGUGUCCUUAGAGAUGCUAAGAAAUGUAUUUCUGUAUAUUGCUUUCUACUGACGAGAGAAAACUUGUAAAUUAUAAACGUUUCAUGUUUUGCCAUUGUGGUUACAGUUUCCCUUGGAAGUUUUGGGGAACAUUUUUUUGUAGUAUUUUUGUUUUGUAAUUAAGAACUCCAUUUAAUUUAAUAAAUAAAGUAACAUGCUUGAAA